UAAAUACUAUAUUUUUUACUUUUGUGCAUAUCUUUGAUAUAUAAUAUUUUAAACAAAUUAUCUUAUAAAUCCUUGUAAUCUCUCAAUUCAAAGAAUAAACAAAAGAUGUUUAAGGUUCCGAUUGCCACUAAGGACGAUAUAAAUGAAGCCGCAAAACUGCAAAGGCGUUUACAAUUUGAGGAUGAACGGAAAAACAGAAUAUUCAACGCAAAACAGAGACUAUUUGGCUUGGAUUUGGGUGCACUGGAAAGACAAAUUUCCGAGAAAAAUAAGCAAAGGCAAGUUGAGGCUGAAUGUGAACGCCGCUAUGAAGACCAGACUCAGCACCAGCAGCUCGCAAUUUAUGCAAAGUCAUUAGAGAUGGAUAAACGAAAACGUGUGGCCGAAGCAGAUCUCAAUUAUUACCGCUGCCGUUUUCAGAGCAAAAAUCAGCGUCGUGAAUUCGAUUUAAACGAUCCCAACAGUAUCAAAAAAGCUUUACCCGCACGCGUUGCCGACGAUGAUGCACGCCUCGGAAUCUCUAGUGCCCAAAUUUUUUCAGGCGAAGAUCUUGGCCACAGUGAGCGAAAAUUGCGACAACGGGCUCAGCAACGUGCUUGGUUAGAUCAACAAGUUCAAGAGCGCAAACAAGCCGAAGAAGAUCGUAUCAAAGCCGAUUUGAUAAUGCAGGAAUCAAUAGCUUCGCGAGAUAAACGUCUCGAAGAUAUGGCAAAUGAUGAGAGGAAAAUACGUAAUCAAAUGACAGCAGCUAUAUAUGAUUUUAACACACAAUUAGCAAAAUCAAAGAGAUUCGACCGUAUACGUGAAAAAAAAGAAAACAACGAAGACGAUCUAGCUGAAAUCUAUAAUAUGCUUACUAGUGAUAUGUUGACUGAGAAUCCAGAUGCAGCACAGUCAAGGACAAAUCCAACCAAAAAAAUUGCUUUCAUGUAUCGUGGUAUGUCUGCUGAUGAGCUGGCUAAAUUUCACGAGGAACAGUUACAACAAAAAAUUACCAACAAGAAAAAACAAACUGAUCAGCAGCUUAUGGACAAGCAGUGGGAACAGUAUGCUCUAAAUAUGGAUCGAGAGUUGAUGUUAAAGCAGUUAGAGUUGGAAAGAAAUCAAAAACAGCUAUUGGAUGAUCACAUACGGUACAAUGCGCGACUUGCAGUGGAGCAAAGAAAGCAAAAUGAGAUGUCGAAUAAGGGUUUAAACAAAAAUUAUGUUUCUACAGAGUUUUACGAUCAGUUCAACAAAACUUCACGUUAAAAAUAAAAUUUUAUACUACAAAUAUA